CUGAAACCUGGUCUCUUCCCAUUCUUCAGCUCUGUGAAGACACAAUGUGCACAUCGACUCAUCAUGGGAGUGCAUGUAGCAUGCUAGUCACUCUGCUAUAUGGACUUGAGCCUUACAUGGAUGAUACAGAAGAGAGCAGUUUUCUUCAAGACAUGCUAAUGGUCAACUCUCUGCAUGUACUCAUCAAGCUCCACGAGAGGUUACAGAGGUUUGGCGCCCAGAAACCAGCACCAAUCCAGGACGACGCUGAACAACUGGCACGCGAGGUAAUGAAGGAACUGCAUACUUUAGAGGCCAGACCAGAGAUUUCGGAGUUGAUGCACCUUCUAUCUAAACCCCAUGUUCAGGACCUUCUCUCAGUGCAUGAUACCGUAGCCCAGAAAGAUUACGAGCCCAAACUUCCACCACUGGCAGCUGAGGAUGAUGAAGAUGAAGAAGACUCAGUGAGGAUUAUUCAGCUGUUGAAAAGCAAAGAACCUCUGGGAGCCACCAUUAAACGGGACGAGACGACUGGUGCCAUCGUCGUAGCUCGCAUUAUGAGAGGAGGAGCUGCAGACAGAAGCGGUCUUAUCCAUGAAGGUGAUGAGCUCAGAGAGAUCAACGGAGUUCCAAUGGAAGACAAGAACCCUGAGGAGAUCAUCCCCAUACUGGCGCAGUCAGAUGGGGCCGUAACCUUCAAAGUGAUCCCAGGCACCAAAGACGAGCUGGAAGCCGAUGACACCGAGGUCUUUGUCAGGGCGCUGUUUGACUACAAUCCGAAAGAGGACCCCGCUAUUCCGUGUAAAGAUGCAGGGUUGGAGUUCGGGAGAGGAGACGUGCUGCAGAUCAUGAGUCAGGAAGAUGAUACUUGGUGGCAGGCGAGACGGAUCGGUGAUGCCAACUUUCGAGCUGGACUGAUCCCGUCCAGGCAGCUUCAGGAGAGGAGAGUGGCUUUACAGAGGCCCGAGGUGCUGUUUCAGACGUCAAGAGCGCUGAAGAUAAACGCCGAAGAAGAUGCAGAUUAUGUGGCCAUACAUGGAAUACAUAUAGCUGGAUUGAGGAGAAGUUUCCGGCUGAGUAAGAAGGACCGCAGGAGUCAAGAAAUGCAAGCGAAAUGGAAGAAGUGUGAAGCUGAUGGAGAGAACCACAUUUCCAGCUACCAGGAGGUGGUGCCUUAUGUCAGAGAGCCAGGAGAACCGUACCGCCUCGUGCUGCUGGCUGGGCCCAGUGGUGUUGGUUUAACCGAGUUGAAAAGAAAACUUCUGCUCUCAGAUCCUGAGCACUUUGGAGUUGCUGUACCACACACGACCCGUGAGCGCAGAAGACAUGAGAGAGAGGGCGUGGACUACCAUUUUGUCUCCAAACACGCUUUUGAAAAAGAUAUCCUCGACCAAAAGUUUAUAGAGUACGGAAGACACGGUGGGAACUACUACGGCACCAGCCUGGAUUCGGUCCGCAAGGUUCUAGCGGAGAGCAAGGUGUGCUUGCUGGAUGUGGAGCCCCAUGCUGUAAAGUUGUUGUACACAACAGAAUUCAAACCGUAUGUUACGUUCGUCAAGCCUCCAGCGAUAGAACAGCUGAGGCUCAGCCGGAGAAAAGUGAAAAUCCUGGCCAGCUGUGAUGAACCAAUGCCAACGAGGACAUUUAUGGAGGCAGACUUUGAAGAUAUGAUUAACACUGCACAGGAUAUGGAGGACAAAUAUGGCUACUUAUUCGAGAAGAUCAUCAUCAACGACGAUCUGGCCAUGGCGUUCACUGAAAUAAGAGCUGAUCUGAAGAAGCUUGAAAAGGAAAGCAACUGGAUCCCCAAAAUAUGGGCUUAAAAAAAGUGUCAUGCAUAAACUGGAGCAUAACUUGGUUUUUUUUUUUAAUAUUAACCAGAUAUGGAAAAAGAACAUACGAUUAGUAACAUUUGUUACUAAUUAGCAACUAAUAUGAGAAGAUAAUCAUCACUGAGGAUCUGCCUCAGGCAUUUAAUGAAAUUAUAGAUAAAUUGGUAAAUCCCAAAAAAGGAAACAAACUGGACCUCAAAAUGGAUUAAACUGUGUAGUUCUAGACAUGGUGGUGUCAGGAGGUGGAGUCACUGUUAUCAGCCUGAAAUUAAUUAUUUUCCUACAACUUCCCUUCCUGACGUGUUUUAUUCCUCUUAUACCACAGCAGUUUGCCAAUGAUCACAAGUUUUUAUUUUUUAAAGAACGACAUGCACUUUUUAUCCAUUUAUAGUUACAGUUACUGUUCUGCAAUAUCCUGCAGAGUUUCCUGUGUCUGAAAACUUAUAGAUUUAUCUCUGACUGGUACAAAGCUCUGACACUGGAGACUCCUUCCAUUAAUGUUUAAUAAACAUUUCCUUACAGAAAACUUCACCAUAUCAAUAAUUACAUUGAUUUUUUUUUUUAUCCGUUUAUGGCUGGCGUUCAGCGUACAAGUCCCUGUGAAUGAGCUGUUACUAUAGAAACGAUGAUGUAUUAGAAUGAGCGAAUUAAUAUAAACCUGUGGAUUGCAGCUGCACUACUCUCAAAGCUGCUGUUCCAGAAAAUGAACAAACUUUAUGACCAGACAGAAUAAAAAAAUUCAACAGCGCUGUGGUAAAAGCUGUUCCUUACAAGUCUUAACAGAGUUCAUAUCUUGCUAUAUUAAAUAUGACAAGGUUAUAGAGGACGAAUGUGGCUGCUAAUUCUAAUAUAAUCAUCAGUAACAGUCUGGCCUUAGAGAUGAACUGGCGGAGCUCGCAAAGGAAAUCAACUGGACUCCAAAAAACAUGAGCUUGAUUUUAAAAAAUGUGGAAUUCAUGUCAUGUGAACUGAUGGUCUAAACCGUGUAAUAAUUUGUUUUUGUCAUAUUUUGAUAGAUACAGAAAUGAAAGGUUGUAAUUGAAAGAUUAUAAACUUUCCAAUCGAGUUCUUUUGUUUAUUAUGAUCUGUUAUAUUGUCGACAAUUGCUGUGCAUUACGGUACACUGGAAAGCAAACUUUCAUAAUGAUUUCAUGUCUCAAUACAGUUCUUGAAUGUAAAUGCACUACAUUUUUACUCCCGCUGCUUUUUUGUGUACAGCCAUAGCUCAUGUUUGGACAUUAAUUGCAAGCAGACCUGGACUCUCUAUAACAAGAUGUGUUCUCAAUUUGGAUUAAGUGGGGUAGAGCAAGGCCACGAUCAUCGCUCUUAACUCGUGACUACAGGAUUGAACUCUGGAUGAAGCCCUCUGAAACACAUCCAGGUAGCUUCAGUGUACGUGUACCAGACGUUUCCACUGAAGUACGGACACGUUUCCAAUUCGCUUCUGAUGCUGACCAUGGCCGGAGGCUUACGAUGAUUUACAUGCGUCUCAGUCUUUUGCGUAACGUUCACUCAGUGUUUAGAGUUGGUGUAAUUGAUGGAGAAAUUGAUCCAUUACUCCAAAGCGCAAAGCACCUCAUGUUAUAUCACCAUUUAUUUUGUGCAUUUGUAUGAAAAGACAAACGGGUCAAUAGUUCUUGAAGUCUUUCUGUUUUUCCUCAGAAGCGUUUGAUUUGGUAGGGGCGAGCUGGAACAGAACGGUUGAAUUAGGAGCCAGUGGGACUUCUAUAAGCCAGAGGAGGAAGUGCUUAGUAUAUUAAAGUAGAAUUAAAGAGCGACUAAAGAGUUAGUUGGGUCACUUUGGCUGGAUGCCUGUGUGGGACAGUGGAGGGGAAAGCCCACUUACACCUGAUUUUUACCUUCGAGCAAGGCCAGAAUGA